AUGCGUCUUAUCAAAAGCAGUAUUGAGCACAAUGGCUCCGGAGCCGUUACUCUAUGUCCGGAUGAACCAGAGGAUAUGUGGCAUGCAUACAACCUCAUUCGACCGGAUGAUCUUCUACGAGCGACCGCUAUCCGCAAAGUCACUACUUCCCAGGACAGCGGCACGACUGUAUCACAGCGAGUGCAUCUAAUGCUCCAGAUCCGAGUCAAGGGACUCGAUUUCGACCCAAAUAGUUCCCAACUACAUGUCAGUGGACAGAUCAUGAAUGAGACCCAACAUACGCGGGUAGGACAAUACCACACCUUAGAUCUCGAACUCCACCGGAAUUUUACACUAGAGAAAGAUGUCGGCACCGAGGGUGAAGGGGUAGGGUGGGAUAGUAUCGCUAUUGAUAUGCUCAAAGACGCCGUUGACGACAGCGGUAAGAGGCGGGCAGAGGCCGUGGCGGUGGUGAUGCAAGAAGGGCUCGCGCAUAUCUGCUUUAUAACGCAGUUUCAAACACUCCUCAAACAAAAAGUCGAAAUGUCAAUUCCUCGCAAGAGAGCUGGGGGAGGUGACCACGACAAGGGGUUAUCGAAAUUCUUUCAAGUCACACUGGAUACGCUGUUGCGCCAAAUUGAAUUCAACACAAGCAUAACGGCAACGUCGAACAACAACAAUGGCAGCGAAAUUGUACGGCCAAUACUGUUGGCCUCACCGGGUUUCGUCGCAGCUGGAUUUCAGAAGCAUAUACAGUCGGUAGCUUCGACGAACAUGCCGGCUCUCAAGCGUCUUCUGCCUAGUAUAGUCGUGGUGCACUCUGCUUCCGGUUAUCUCCAUGCGCUGUCGGAAGUCCUCCAGUCGCCUUCCGUCAAGACGUUACUAUCGGACACCAAAUACGCCCGAGAGACAAAGCUGAUGGAUGAUUUCCUGGGCCAUUUACGCAAGGAGACCAAUAAAGCGACGUAUGGUCCUCGCGAAGUCGAGUAUGCCGUUGACCAAGGUGCUGUCGGAAGGGGUGGAGGUGUUAUCAUCAUCUCCAAUCGACUGUUCCGUUCACAAGACAUCGCACAGAGAAAGCGCUGGGUUGGACUAGUCGACCGGGUUCGCGAAGUCGAGGGUGGAGAGGUCCGAGUACUCAGUUCAGAUCAUGAAAGUGGUAAAAGGCUUGAUGGCUUGGGUGGGAUUGCUGCGCUUCUGACUUUUCCAAUUGCCGACGACGAUCUCGGGUCUGAUAACGAAGAUGAGAAUGAUUUAUAG